UAGGUACUUUAACAAUGUUCCCACGGCUAUAAAUCAUGUAAGAGACAUAUGAGUUGCGCUGAUACGGAUUUACAAUGAAGUGCUAUGGACUUUUACAAUAAUGAUGUGGGUGUUCGCGCCCCACAAUACCAUCGAGACAAACAAAUAUAUCGGGUGAGCUUGUGGGAAUCCCGCAUGGUGCGCCGCGGCCGCGGCGGCAGCGCCGAGCCCGCAGCCGGCGUCCGAGGGGAACCGGCCGGGGGAGUGGCUCUGCCGGCCCGCUAUUGGUUCCCGUUCGUGUGCGAUCCGCAGUCUUAACCGCCCGACGUGUGCAACGCAACCCCAUCCUUACCACCUAACAUUACGAACGAAUAUGCCUCACCCUCGCGCAUGCAGCGCGCCUCCAUCGCCCUACUCAUUGGCCCAAAAGCCGUGCGGAGCAACAUAUUAUGAUAAUAUAAAUUGACCAACCGUAGAGCAAAUUCGGUUAGUUCGUUAAAGUUGAUUAAAGUCACUUAACCGGGACGGACGCGACGAAACGAACGGCGCGCGCGUUCGUCGAUCCCGAGGGCCCGGCUAAAUGAAGUCAAAUUGUUUAAUAUAGCAGUCGAUAAAUCGGUCGCAGCUCGGUGUCGGAGACGCGGACGCUAGAGGUGCGGCAGGUAGCUCGCCGCGACGGAGCCCAGCGAGGUGGGAACGGAGGUAGCGGGCCCGCACCCGCCGCCAGCCGACGGCUACAUGUACGUGUGCGGGGACAGCGCGCGCUACGAGUGCGCCUUCGAGCCCGGGGGAGCCAUGGAACAGCCCAGCUUCGAAGAGCACAUGUUCGGCGAGUUCGGCAAGGAGCGGCACGUGCAGGUGGUGGUGGGCGCCGGCGGCGAGCUGCAGUAUCGCGACGAGCUCCCCGUGUUCGGCGAACCUAAGCGGAAGGACGAGCCGCUGCUGCUGCAGGGCUCAGAGCACGCGCCGCAGCACCCGCUGCCGCUGCCGCACCCGCCGGCGCCCGCGCCCCCGCCCCCACCCGCACCCUCAACCGCCACCAAGAAGAGCGACAAGAAAAAAAACGACAACAAUGGCAUCAAGAAAAAGAAAACAAGGACAACAUUUACGGCAUACCAAUUGGAGGAACUAGAGCGGGCUUUCGAGCGAGCGCCCUACCCAGAUGUGUUCGCGCGAGAGGAGCUCGCGCUUAAACUCAGCUUGUCUGAAUCAAGAGUACAGGUAUGGUUCCAAAACAGAAGAGCGAAGUGGCGAAAGCGCGAACCUCCGCGGAAAACUGGGUACAUAGGUUCAAGUUCGCCGAGCUCCACGACCCUUGGCGGCGGUUUUUCCGGCAUCGGCGGCAAUCUGCCCGCCUUCCCGCAGAACGGCAUGCCGGCGCCGGCCGAUUCCUGGUCUUACCAGCACUCGUACGAGCUGCCCUCGCACCACCUGCUGUCGUCGGGCGGCGGCGGCUACCCGGGCUUUAACGCGCAGCCGGCAUACUCGUACACCACGGUGCUGAACGGGCACGACGGACAAAUGUUCGCACCACGUCACUACGAGUACGGUGAGGGCAGCCCGCCACCGCUGGGUGUGCGCGACUACCCCAUGAUGGCGGCGCACUCGCCGCAGCUCGAGCCGCACGAGGACAAGCUGGAGUACCGCGCGCACGAGCACGAGGACAAGUACCCGCCGUGCGCGCUGCACGAAGAGGCGCCACGCUACACCGCGCCCGACGACUUCCCGGACAAGCACGCCGGCUACGAGCCGGAGCGCCACGCGGACCUCGCACAACCCGUCGUCGUCAAGGUGGAGCCCACCUCUCACCAGCCGUACACCACACUUCCCCCUUUUUUGAAUUGAAAUACUCCUUUUCGAAAAUAUCCAUGAUACACGAAUAAUUUCGAAAAGGAGUAUUAAUUAAGUCCACGAGUACGAUGAUAUCGUUAUGGCGCCGCGAGUUGACAGAACAGUCCGCGGGUUAGCAGCUGCCUGUGCCUGCCGAGCCUUGGCUCAUAAAACUAUAAUGGGCCUAUCAUCGGCAAAGAAAUAUGAUUUUAUUUAGAUUAGCCCCAGUUCUUGAGUUAGGUAUGUAAUUAAUUAUGAGAAAGCAUUUUAUUUCCUUAUCCUAAUAAAAGUAGGCACUCGAUAGUUACGUAACUUUAGAUAUAAAAUUAAAUUAUUAUAUGGCUGCGAUUUAUCAAAUAUUAUCAGAUAUUUACUUAGAUUCAUCACACAAAGUUAAUGACAUUAAUUAAUAUAGUAUUUUUUUAAUCUUGUGCAAUUGAAUCUAGGAACAUUAGUUACAAAAACAGCAGCAAUAUUUUAAAAUUUCGUUAUGAAUAUUGUUGAUAUUUUAUAUGAAAUAUCCUCGUGCAUUCCUUGUGCCUUAUUGCUCUAGGUUAAGUUAUCAUUAGUUAGGAGCAAAAACCUCCGGCUAAUACAUGGUGGUAUAUAAUUAUAUUAUUCUAUCGUAUCCCAUUUCUACUUGAUCAACUGAUUAGUCUGUGGAAAGAGAAGAGUCGGGAAACGUAAAGGAUCCAAUACAUUCUGCGACUUCUCUUUCCGCACAGACUCUAAGGCAAUUUAUGUACUAUUGUUGCAUUUUUAUUGUCAUGGUUAGCUGAACUGGCCAACAUCAAUUAAAUAUUUUUUUAAAUUAUUUUGUUUAUCAGUCCCAGUUAAUGUUUAGAUAAAACAGUUAAAUAGCCUUUAUGGAAUAAUUGAGUGGUGUAGUGGUGGUGCUACGAAAUAAGUAGGAAGUACUCUUCCUGAGAUAAUUACCUUAUAUAAUUUGUCUUCUAGCUAAUCUUUUUUUAGCUUGCCUUUUUUAACAAGUCUACAGCUAACAAAGCCAAAGAACAGUAAUGAUUUAAUUGUAGAUAAGCGUCAUAAAUGUGUAUUAAUGUAAAUAUUAGGUUAUUGCGUGAAUAAAGUGUGCCAAUCGUUUAAGGUCUACCUAAUUAAGACAUUUUAUUUUUCAAUCAAAUGCAUAUUUACAAUUAUGCAAAGAUAUUAAGCAAUUUUAGAAGACUAUAUAUUAUUAUAAAGAAAUGUAAUUAUAAGUGCAGUUUAAAACAUUUAUAUUUAAUUUAAGUAAUAAUGGCAUAAUAGAAGAUCAUAAACCUAAAAAAUAUACUGAAAAAAUACAAAACAGAUCUCCUUGUUUGAUGUAGUUAAUUAAAUGAAUUGUUAAUGAUGAAGAAAGGUAAUAAUAAGUAGAUUGUUAGUACUUUUAUACAAAGUUUUUACUUUAAACUACAUAGGUAACUAGGAUAAAAAUAUUAUUUAAGGGAAAAAUAUGUAACCAUAGCUAUACAUUACUAUUAUGUUUUUACUUUCUGCAUGUCUAUGUUUACAUUCAUAAAUAUUUUAAAUUAAGAUUUUAAAAGCAAUAUUGGAUAUAAAUUUAAUGCACUACGUUUGAGAGAUUGCAAAUGUUGACGCCAGGGCGUAGAUUUACAGGAAUGUUCAAUAAUAUUAAUGAUGUGCUUAAA